AUGACUGGGCGCUGCCUGGUAAUCCCGGGAAUCUGUGACUACGCGGACUCGCAUAAGAAUGAUGAGUGGCAUAACUACGCGGCGGCCACCGCUGCGGCGUACACCAAGCUCUUCCUCCUUCGGCUUCCCGUGUUGAACCGCGAGAUGGUGCACUUGCAGAAGCGGACGGUGGCGAGUUUGGAUGAGGCUGAGUUAUCGGUGAAGAGGAUUCGGUAUGAGCGGGACUGGUCUUGA